AUUUAGAUUUUGUUUCAUUUGUAAAUUGUCUUUUGGUCCGAUAACUUAUCUUUUUACCUACUUCUUUUUCUUCUAUUGUAACAGUUUUGUAACAGUGAAGUUAUUUUCUCCGCAGUUAUUUAACCCAGUCUAACUUAACCUAUCCUAACCUAACCUCUUUGUAAAACAAUGUCUUCUUACGGUAACUUUCCUCGACGAUUCCAUCGCUCUUAUGGUCGCAUUAAAAACAACUUUUAUUCACCUUCCCCAGCUAAUUGCGACUCUUACAUUAAAAUAAAUCGCUGGCGAUCUGCACCUGUACCUUCUUCUAAUGUGACUAUACCUUCUGACAAUUUUCGACAAAGAAUUCCUUCGACAUCAUCGACUGGGUCGGCUUCAUCUGGAUCCACUUCAAAUACAUCUUCAUCAUCGACUCCACGAAAAUCCAACAAUCAAUCUUCAUUCCAUAACAAAGGUAAAAAAUCGGACAAAGCAGGCAAGACGAAAAUUUGUGUUUUCUGCAAAAAAAAUAGAGAACCCAGAGAGGUUUAUACUGACCAUACUCUCAAAGAUGAAGCUGGUAACACUGUUUGUCCAAUAUUGUGCAAGUAUACUUGUACUUUGUGUGGUGCUACUGGUCCUGAAUCUCACACCAUUUCUUACUGUCCCAUGUCUCGCGUCGUUCGGAGUGUUUUUGACGAUGCCACUGCAUUCAUCGAAUUUGGAAACUAUGCGAGCCAAGCCAAUGUGCCUUAAUUUUUAACUUAUUCCUUCGUGAUUUCUUCAAUUUAAUUGAUUUACAUUGAUGUCAUGAAAUCUAAAAGAUAGGAACUAUGGUUCCUAACUUUAUUAUGUCCAAGAUUUUUUUGAUU